AUUUAAAAUUUUCUUCAAAAAGUUGUUCAUUUUAAUUCCAUUUUUACAUUGAACACAAUUUUGCGUGUACAUUUACAUCAUUAAUCGUUUAAUUUGUUACGUCUUUUGUUUCUAUUUUAAGGCUGCAGAACUUUGUAUACUACAACACAUUAAAUAUUCCUAUUUAAGAUCCCUGUUUGAAUACAUCAACAGGUGGUUUAAAUUAUAAAAUAAACUCCAAUGCCAGCAACGUUUUUGAAUUUUAAACUAUAUUUACGUCAGGGCUAAGAGGCGAUAUAUGCAGUUUGUAUUUACCACUGCCUUCCAUGAACAGACUCAAUGUUAACGAGUCUGCAACAGUUUAAUGUACCCAGUACUUACAAGGGUGCGUCCGUCUGUCCCGCUGUUCUACUAUCAUGUUGGCUACCCAACCUUAUUCUGACAAACAUUUGAAAUUGUGGGCAUUGGUACCUUAUCUUUCUUUUGUUGCAUUGUGCUACCGUUUAGGGUUCCGUUUUGACAACAUCACUUUGAUGGGCAUCAUCAAACGGUUUACUGUUGCUGUCCUAUGUUCUUUUAUAGAAAGACGUGUCUUGAGGUUGUAUUUUUGUAAACAUAGUAAGUUUUCUUUAAGUAAAUAAUCUUAAAUAAAAAGUAAGCACCAGGGCGUAAUAUCAAUGUGUACAUUUGUACACUUCCAGUUAUAUUUGACCAUCUGUUUUUCAAUUCAAUUAAGGUAUAGAUUUUAGUAAAGAUAUAUUUGUAUAGAUGCCAAGCACGUUAAUUUGUUGAAGUAAAAGCCGUCGGAAAACGUAUAAAAAAUAACUGCUACUGCUGCUGCUACUACUACUACUACUACUUCUACAUCUUAUCGUAAACCUACUUGCAGUGACAAAUCUAUUGUGUCUGAACUAAAAUCGAAAAAAACAACAACAGCAUAUAGCUUGCGAGGUUCGAAACCAUAACAAAAGAUUCGAUUUCGUCAAAUGCAAAGCGACUUUAUCAACUUUGCAAUUUACGUUGAAUGCUACUCUACUAUUAUCAUAUUCCUUUCUGAAAAAAAAGCAUUUCACUGCUUCUGUUUACAAUGAAAUAAGACGUCACUGUUAUACUACCUUAGCAAUACAGCUUCACAUAUAUUUAACACGUUACUAUAUUACAGCUAAAAUUAAAUGAUAACAAUGCUACGUUGCAUAAAAUUCGUUAAAUACUUGCAGCAUUUAUUUUCAAUUUGCCCGUGCUAUAUAAUCUUAACAGUUUCCACCUACCGCUAUCAGAUAAAUUCAUUAGAUAUUAAAAUGUUUAACAAAGAUAAAAAGUUAAUAUGCUUAGACCACAUGUAUAAAGGAGCAGACCUUGACCUCAAAUGAUUUAUCUUUUCUUUGUUAUUAAUUUUCUCUACAGAUUAAUCCGUCAGUUGCUCACUAGAAAAUCUGUCUCACCGAAUGUAUAAGUGAUGUUUUCCGUCAACCAUAGCUAUUUCCAUCUUUGAUGAGAAUAUAUAUUGAUAUCUCGCAAAUUUGCUUUUUCAUUCAACUACCACCUAGCUUUGUAUGCAAGACUUCAUUGAUAUUCUAAGAAAAAUAUGCUUUUUUGAGAUAAUUUUGUGUUAAUUAUAAAAUAUUAUUUUCCUAGUUUUGCUUUUCUAUCGCACAGCAAACUUUUACUAAUUAGAAAGUACAAAUAAUGUGUCUACUAUGGUAAAAUUUAUUCAAUAACAAAUCAUUGUAUAUACUGCAAAACAAGUCACUCAAGAUCAUAUUGAAGUGCGGAAAUUUAUUGGAAAAUCUACUUUAGAAAUUAGGAGAAGAAAGAAAUCAAGUAACAAUUUGUGUUCUACCAAGGAUCGAGGCUCAAUUAUAAGUUUGAAUUUAAAGUUUGAAAAUAAUUCAUAGACUUAUUUCAAAAGGUUGAUUUGUAUUUGUUUCAGUGUUCCUUUGACUUAUCACUAUUGAGUAAAAGUAUCAAUUGAUUUUUACAGUUAAUAUAAAACUUGAAGAUGGCCAAAGCAUCACAUGAAUCAAAACCUUUAGCAGUAUGCGCUAUUGACUUUGGAACAUCAUUAACUGGAAUCGCCUACUCUUUUGCAAGUGAUUACAAAAGCAUUUCUGUUCUUACUAAAUGUACAAACAUAACAUAUGGUGAGAAAAUACCAACUGUCGUACUUUUGAAUAAAGAAAAAUCGUUUUGGAAAUUUGGCUAUGAAGCUGAAGAAGAAUACAGGCAAAUUUGUGACGAGGGGAAGGCGGGAGAUUAUUAUUACUUUGAUUGCUUCAAAAUGAAACUAUACGAGGAAAAGAAGUUAACGGCUGAUGUAAUGAUAAGUGAUGUAAAGGGGAGACAAUUUCCCGCACUGGAUAUUUUUGCUAUGGCUAUCGAGUACCUCGUCAAUCAUGUAGAGGACAUGGCUAAAAUACAGGCUUCUGGAUUUGAUCGUGAAGACAUCUUAUGGGUUUUGACUGUGCCAGCAAUUUGGUCAGAUUCUGCAAGGAAUUUCAUGAGAAAAGCAGCGGAGAAGGCUGGGAUACCGUCAAAGCAUCUGAUAUUAUGCUUAGAACCAGAAGCCGCAUCUCUAUGGUGUCAUAAUCUAAAUUCGAACAAAGUAGCUUCAAACAAUGGCAAUACUGAAUUCAGGCCUUUUCCUGAAGGCCAAAAGUAUAUGGUGGUUGAUUUAGGAGGAGGAACCGCAGAUAUAUCUGUACAUGAAAUCUUACCUGGAAGAAACUUGAGAGAGAUCAAAAGGGCGGAUGGCGGCGCGUUUGGUGGAAAUUUGAUAGACGAUGCCUUUCUACGUUUCAUAGCUGAUAUAUUUGGUAUCGAUGUAUUGACACUCAUUAAGAAAACUAAUUAUGGCGAGAUCAUGGGUUUGAAGAGAAAUUUUCUAAUUAAAAAGCACAUGUUUAAGCCCGUGUCCGAGGGUAAACCUGAGAAAUAUAAUAUAGAGCUUCCAGUCACUGAGCUGAAAAAAGCAAUCAAAGAACUUGAAUUCAGUUGCUCAUUAGAGGAGAAAAUGAACCAGGCCGAGAAAAACUAUAAUGGAAAAAUAAAAUUUUUGAAUAGAAGAAAGUUGAUCAUCGACGGAAGUGUUAUGGAAGGAUUCUUUGAAAAAGCUACUAAAGAGGUUGUAAAAAUCUUGUCUGACAUAAGAAAAGAUGACGAAGUUGGAGAUAUAAAUAUAGCCAUGCUAGUAGGAGGCUUGUCUUCUUCGCCUUACAUUCAAAAGAAAAUAAAGGACAAUAUACCUGGUUUGAGAAUUUUUGUUCCAAAUGAACCCUCGCUGGCUGUUCUUAAAGGAGCUGUGCUCAUGGGCCACAAACCUAAAACAAUCACUGAGAAAAUAGCUAGAUACAGUUAUGGUUUAUCAAUUCUCAGUACAUUUCAUGAAGGCGAACAUCCAGAAAAAUUUCGCCAAUUUCAAAAAGGAAGGUAUAUGUGCUCUCACAUUUUUAAAAAACUUGUAGAAAAAGGAGCAAUUUACAAGCCCGGAGAUGAAUUUGGAAAAACCAUAUUAUGUCAGAUCCCUAAAAGUGAACAUGAAAAAACUGGAAGAGUUGUGACAAGUAUUUAUCGUUCGGAAGAAGUAAAUCCAAAAUAUGCCGAUGAAGAAUAUGGGUGUGAGAUUGGUGCAACAAUUGUGAUGCCAGCACCACCAGGUGGAUGGCCUGGCUUUACUAAAUUUGUUCCUAAAAUGGUCCUAGGACUUUCAGAAAUGACAGUGAAUGUUUAUGGUUCAAACAACGAGACGUAUGAAGCAAAACUUGAGUUUCUUUGAUAUUGCAACAUUAACAAUAACGAUGUCAAGGUGAAAGAAAUGAUAUACUUGUAUUUUUUACCUUUGUCUCGCGAUGAGACCAGGAAUGUUCUGUUGAAACUCAUACUUAUAUCUUUAUCUAUGAAUGUUAAGAAUAAAAAUCGUGUUCAUGUAUUCUGAGAAUGGAAUUGUUUGAUACUAAAUAUAUGCAAAAAUAUAAAUGUAUGGUUUUUGUAUUAUCUUUAAUUUGUUCCAACUCU